UCUGAGAUGUGGAUUUGUCUUUGGACGCCAGAGUAGUAUACGCGUUUCGCUACGCAGUCCUACCCUGAAGAUGACUUCCAAAACUUUUAAUUGAGAUUUCUAUCAUUCGGGGAACUUAUUUGCUGCAGCUCUCGGUUCAGUCUGCAAUAUUUUAAAACGACACAUUUCUAUCACAUCCAGCUACCUUUUUGCAGGGGGAAGAAAGGGCCAUGGUCCAGAGAGAGAGACCCGGAUGCCCCCGCCUCCUCUCCUUUCUGCUGGUGUCCGGUCUGCCGUUGUUGGGGGCGGAGUACUCCAGCUGUGGGGAGAAUGAGUUCUAUAACCAGACCAGUGGGAGCUGCAAGGCCUGCCCACGGUGUCAACCAGGCCAGGAGCCCUACAUGAACUGCGGCUACGGAACCCGAGACGAGGACUACGGCUGUGUGCCGUGCCCGGCGGGGAAGUUCUCCAAGGGCAGGUACGAGAUCUGCCGACGGCACAAGGACUGUGACUCGCUGUACCGGGCCGCCGUGCUGACCCCGGGAACGGCCGACAGCGACGCAGAGUGUGGCCCCUGCCUUCCUGGAUACUAUAUCCUGGAGAACCGACCACAGAAUAUCUACGGGAUGGUGUGUCACUCCUGCCAGAAUGCCCCCAGGAACACCAAAGAGUGCAUGCGCACCACUGCUGUGUCAGCAGGGGGCGCCACCAGCGUCUCUUCCACCACCACCAUCUUCCCACAGCCACACAAAGAUCCAUCCGGACAGGGUCACCUGGCAACAGCACUCAUUAUUGCCAUGUCGACCAUCUUCAUCAUGGCAAUCGCCAUAGUGCUCAUCAUCAUGUUCUACAUUCUAAAGGCCAAGCCAAGUGGUCAGGCCUGCUGCCCGGGGCAGGUGCUGAAGUCAGUGGAAGCACAGACUAACAAGCAGGAGGACAAGAAAGACGUGCAAGAAAACGUGGUCAUCUUCUCGGAAAAGGAUGAAUUUGACAAACUCAAACCCACUCCGCCAAAGGCUGUGAAAAGUGAGAACGACGCGUCGUCGGAGAACGAGCAGCUGUUGAGCCGCAGCAUGGACAGCGACGAGGAGGCGGCCCUGGAGAAGCAGGGGGCCACAGACCUGUGCCUGCUCUCUCUGGUCCACCUGACCAGAGACAAAACCUGCUCCUCCACCAAUAACAACAACAACAGCAGCAAAUGCACUGGGAUUCAAAGUCGAAGGAAAAAGAUCCUGGAUCUUUACACCAGAGCUUGCAGUGUGGCAGAGGGCCUGAGCCCCACGGAGCUGCCCUUCGACUGCCUGGAGAAGACCAGCCGCAUGCUGAGCGCCACCUACAGCGCGGACAAGGCGGUGGUGAAGACGUGGCGCCACCUGGCGGAGAGCUUCGGCCUGAAGCGGGACGAGAUCGGCGGGAUGACGGACGGCAUGCAGCUGUUUGACCGCAUCAGCACGGCGGGCUACAGCAUCCCCGACCUGCUGACCAGGCUGGUGCAGAUCGAGCGUCUGGACGCCGUGGAGUCACUGUGCGCUGACAUCCUGGGCGGGGCUGAGGGCGGGGCCGAGGGAGCCCCGCCCCCCGGCCCUGGCCCCACCCCCUCCUCACGCUGCGCCAGCAUAUGA